GAGCGCUGUCGAGGGCCAGGCACGGAACGCAAGCAGCGGGGAGGGCGUGCGGUGUUGUGUGGGUCUCCUGUUCUGAGCGCGGGUGCCCACGGGCGAACGUGUUGUGCAAGUGCAGAACUGCUCGGAAUGCGUGCCGAGCGACCUUAACGCGCUGCAAUAGAUAUCUUCGCAGCAUUUGUGACCUAGCGGCAGCUUCACGCAGCUGUGGCGCAGACCUCGGCGUGGGAAAUUCUAAAAAUGCCGACUCGGCGAACUAUGCCGCCCGAGCCCGCUGAGCGGCCCAAACGCUUCUAUCAAUGUCUCGACACCGAGCGGCGCUGGGCUGGAGGCCGGGCGAGCAGCCCGGCGCGAGGCAGCUUCUGGAAGUUUGCCGAGCACCACUUCCGAACUCGCUGUCCCGGCCGCCCGGCGCCCCGCUGAUGCGAUUGUAUAUCAGUAAAUGAUAUGUUGAAUUCAUAGUAUGCACAUAUCGGCGCGAGCUCGCGCCGGAGUGCGCGCGGGACCGCUCGCAACGUUUUUACGCUCGCGAAACCGUCGCGACCUUUUUUCUCCGCGCGCGGCCGGCGCCGCGCCCCGCUUUUUUAAUAUCGUGCAUAUCUAUAAUGCGAGUGCUGCGCCCCCGCGCUCGGCGGCCGGCCGCGCGGCUGCGCCGAGAAGAAUUCAAAAUUUUGACCCUGCAUCGUGUACGGGCGCACAGACAGACGCACGCAGUGAACUUUUGAGGGCGACAUGACGGGAUGCUGACGCAUCCCCCCGGAGCAAUUUGGAGGGGGGGGGAGGUUGAGGUAGCUUGGACGGCGCUUGGGGAGGGUGGGGGUGCAGGGGCGUGUGUGGGGGUGGGUUUGGCUGGCAUUUCCUUGGCUGGCAUGGGCUGCCGCCGGACGCCUGGGAGCGCUGUCGAGGGCCAGGCACGGAAGGCAAGCAGCGGGGAGGGCGCGCGGUGUUGUGGGUCCGCCGUUCUGAGCGCGGGUGCCCACGGGGUGGCAGGGUGGAAAGGGGAAGGCGUGUGCAGGCGCGGAAGCACUGCUCGGAGUGCGCGCCGAGUGACCUUAACGCGCUGCAAUUGAUAUCUUCGCAACACUUGCGACCCAACGGCAGCUUCGUGCGGCCGCGGCGCAGACCUCGGCGUGGGAAAUGCUAAAAAUGCCGACGCGGUGAACUAUGCCGCCCGAGCCUGCUGGCCGGCCCAAACGCUUCUAUUAAUGUCUCGACACCGACCGGUGUUGGGCUGGAGGCCGGGCGAGCAGCCUGGCGCGAGGCAGCUUCUGGAAAUUUGCCGAGCAUUGUUCCCAAACUCGCUCUCCCGAUCGCCCGGCGCCCCGCUGAUGCGAUUGUAUAUCAGUAAAUGAUAUGUUGAAUUCAUAUUAUGCACAUAUCGGCGCGGGCUCGCGCCGGAGUGCGCGCGGGACCGCUCGCAACGUUUUUAUGCUCGCGAAACCGUCGCGACCUGUUUUCUCCGCGCGCGGCCGGCGCCGCGCCCCCAUUUUUGAUAUCGUGCAUAUCUAGUAUGCGAGUGCUACAACACUGCAUAUCACCGCCGGCCGCGCGGCCGCGGCGAGCGGAAGGGCGAGCGCCCUCGGGAUUGUGCCGUAUACGCACGCACAGACAGACAGACAUGACGGGAUGCUGACGCAUCCCCCCGGAGCAAUUUGGAGGGGGGGGGAGGUUGAGGUAGCUUGGACGGCGCUUGGGGAGGGUGGGGGUGCAGGGGCGUGUGUGGGGGUGGGUUUGGCUGGCAUUUCCUUGGCUGGCAUGGGCUGCCGCCGGACGCCUGGGAGCGCUGUCGAGGGCCAGGCACGGAAGGCAAGCAGCGGGGAGGGCGCGCGGUGUUGUGGGUCCGCCGUUCUGAGCGCGGGUGCCCACGGGGUGGCAGGGUGGAAAGGGGAAGGCGUGUGCAGGCGCGGAAGCACUGCUCGGAGUGCGCGCCGAGUGACCUUAACGCGCUGCAAUUGAUAUCUUCGCAACACUUGCGACCCAACGGCAGCUUCGUGCGGCCGCGGCGCAGACCUCGGCGUGGGAAAUGCUAAAAAUGCCGACGCGGUGAACUAUGCCGCCCGAGCCUGCUGGCCGGCCCAAACGCUUCUAUUAAUGUCUCGACACCGACCGGUGUUGGGCUGGAGGCCGGGCGAGCAGCCUGGCGCGAGGCAGCUUCUGGAAAUUUGCCGAGCAUUGUUCCCAAACUCGCUCUCCCGAUCGCCCGGCGCCCCGCUGAUGCGAUUGUAUAUCAGUAAAUGAUAUGUUGAAUUCAUAUUAUGCACAUAUCGGCGCGGGCUCGCGCCGGAGUGCGCGCGGGACCGCUCGCAACGUUUUUAUGCUCGCGAAACCGUCGCGACCUGUUUUCUCCGCGCGCGGCCGGCGCCGCGCCCCCAUUUUUGAUAUCGUGCAUAUCUAGUAUGCGAGUGCUACAACACUGCAUAUCACCGCCGGCCGCGCGGCCGCGGCGAGCGGAAGGGCGAGCGCCCUCGGGAUUGUGCCGUAUACGCACGCACAGACAGACAGACGCACAGUUUUGGAGGCGACACAUUCCUCCGCAAUCUGCAGAUUGCUCCGGGAACGCACAGUUUUGGAGGCGACACAUUCCUCCGCAACAUGACGGGAUGCUGACGCAUCCCCCCGGAGCAAUUUGGAGGGGGGGCGGGGAGGUUGGUGUAGCUUGGACUGCGCUUGGGGAGGUGGGGGGUGCGGGGGUGUGUGUGGGGGUGGGUUUGGGCAUUGUCUUGGCUGGCACGGGCUGCCGCUGGACGCCUGGGAGUGCUCUGGAGGGCCAGGCGUCGAACGCAGGCAGCGGGGAGGGCGCGCGGUGUUGUGGGUUUCCUGUUCUGUGCGCGGGUGCCCAUGGGGUGAAAGCGGGGAACGGGCGAACGCGUGUGCAAGUGCGGAAGUGCUCGGAGUGCGC